AUGUGCCUAGAAGAUCAGUAUCCAAACAGGAACCAGGACCAAUGCAUUCUGAAAGAAAUUGCCUACCUUUCUUAUGAGGAGCCCCUCGGAAUUACUCUGGCUUCCUUGGCUCUUUUCCUUUCUGUUACUACAUUUGUGGUGGCAUGGAGUUUAAUUCAGCACCACAAUACUCCCAUUGUCAAAGCCAACAACUGGAGCAUCACAUGCAUUCUGCUUUUGUCCUUGUUGCUCUGCUUCCUCUGCUCCUUCUUGUUCAUUGGGGGGCCUAGGAAGGCAACCUGCCUUCUGAGGCAAUCCAUCUUUGGCACUGUCUUCUCCACUGCUAUUGUCUGUCUGUUAGCAAAAACCAUCACAGUGGUGUUGGCCUUCAUGGCCACUCAGCCAGGGAACACAAUGAGGAAAUGGAUUGUUGGAAGGAGACCUACAGUAGCAGUGAUUGCUCUCUCUCUUUUUAUCAAUGCUGUUAUUUGUGUUGUCUGGCUAGUAACUUCCCCCCCUUUCCCAGAGUUUGACAUGCACUCCCAGGUUGAUAAAAUCAUAGCUCAAUGCAAUGAAGGCUCCCUCCUCAUGUUCCACAUAGUCCUGGGCUACAUGGGGGUUUUGGCUAUCACCAGCUUCACAGUGGCUUUCUUUGCUAGGAAGUUACCUGAUACCUUUAAUGAAGCCAAGCUGAUCACUUUCAGCAUGUUGGUCUUCUGCAGUGUGUGGGUGUCCUUUGUGCCCACCUACCUGAGCACCAAAGGGAAAUAUAUGGUGGCUGUGGAAGUCUUCUCCAUCUUGUCUUCUGGUGCUGGCUUGCUGGGUUGCAUCUUCCUACCCAAGUUAUACAUUAUUAUGUUUAAGCCUGAGCUGAAUACCCGAGAGCAGUUAGUCCAAAAAAAGGGUAGGUACAAUUGA